AUGCCGGACGGGGGACGCGCGUUGCGUACGGGUAGGAGGGCCUGUGGCAACGACGGCCGCCGCGGCCCCCUCCCUGACACCCAUGCCGUCCUCCCGGAGCGCCACCGCCUCACCUCCCGAGCACUACCUUGUCUACCGGAUCGCCGCCGUGACCCCUCCCAGAUCACCUCCUCACCUACUGAAGCGCUCCACGGAUGCUUGACGCCCCUCGACACUGCCGCCCACCCGAAGCACCACCGCCAGCUACACCCUCCUCUCCACCGCCACCCUCCCGAAGUGUCGUCGUCUCACCUCCCGAGCACCUUCUCGCCUCCCGGAGCACCGCCGCGGCCCCUCCCUGACGCCGCCGUCCUCCCAGAGCAUCGUCACCUCGCCUCCCAGAGCAUCACUGCGGCCCCUCCCCGAUGCCCCUCGACGCCGCCGUCCUCCCGGAGCACCGUCGCCUCGCCUCCCGAGCGCCUCCUCGCCUCCCUGAGCGCCACCACGGCCCCCUCCCCGACGCCCCUACACACUGCCACCCUCCCGGAGCACCGCCGCCUACCGCGUCCCCCUCUACACCCGCCGGCCCUGCCCCGACCUCCGCUCCUCCCCGACAUUGCCGACCACCUCCCCGACGCCCGACGCCGCUACGCCUCCCUCCUCCCCACCGCUACAUGA